ACAGAGUUUCGGACACCGUAUCAUCCUUGGUCGCUCUGGGCCGCGACUGACCGCCCAAUUCCGGGAUGCCAUUAGGAGUCGAUUAACGUUAUAUCAUCACGAGGUAUGUAGUUCUAGAUAUGAUUUUUCGAUACUGAACCAGCCAGUAUUUCCGGCACCGUUAGUUGUGGUAAGUGUUGCGCCUUCAUUGUUGGCUUUCGACUUGAAACCCCCGACACCAGACUAUCAACACCCGUCCAACGCUCCGUGCGACCAGUCCACUCUAACAUCCUAUGUUAAGCUCAGUGGCGCAAGGUCUUGAGUUUUACAAGGCGUGAAAGAAGGCCCAAGAAAAUGGCUUCAGCUCCAUGGGAAGGAGCAGCCAGCCAUGAGCAAUACUUCAUUCUCCUCACAGGGGCCAACAGUGGUGUGGGCCUGGGAAUAGGACAACGCCUAAUAGACGAAUUCCUCGCCACGCGCUCCGUAUCCUCACAUCUAAUCCUCAUCCCUACCACUCGAUCAACGACGAAGUCGAGCGAGACGAUCCACGUGCUACGUGCGCACCUCACAAAGGCUGUCGGGUCGAGGAAUCUUCGUGCUCGCCCAGGUUACAAUGCGCAAAGCGCUAUCAAUCGAAUUCACUUAUUCUCGGUUGAAUUGGACCUCUGUAAGCUACCCUCGGUCUAUGAGGCGGCCGAAAGACUUGAUCGAGGGGAUAUACGAGACCCGACGGGUAUCACUGCGGGGGGACAGCCUGUGGCCAUUCCGCGCCUCGAUGCUGUCCUUCUGAACGCUGGGUAUGGCGGCUGGUCUGGCCUGAGUUGGCUCGAGUUUGCGCGGCAGUUUUUCAGCGUGGGAAUGGUGCAAGCAACUACCUUCCCGUCGUUUAAGGUAGCAAUACCAAGCAAGGCGCUGCCGCCGCAAGAGAUAUCUACUUCGGAAGUACAGGCCAAGGAAGACCAGCCUCAACUAGCCGAGGUCUUUUGUGCUAAUGUCUUCGGGCAUUAUAUUCUGGCACACGAACUGCUACCUCUCCUCAGCCGGUCGAGUCCCGACGAGACUCCCGCGCGCGUGGUAUGGACAAGCAGUAUCGACGCCGAAGAACGCCAUCUCGACUUCGACGAUUUCGAGGCAUUGCGAAGUCAUGGCCCCUACGAAAGCAGCAAGCGCAUUACAGAUCUCAUCAGUCUGACAGCUGACCUCCCCAGAGCGCAGAAAGCUUCAGCUUCGUUUUUCACAAAUCCCGAAGUCCCCAAAGCGAUCCGACCGAAAUUUUACCUCUCCCACCCCGGCAUCGUCUGCACGUGUCUGUUUCCCCUCAAUGCGGUCCUCUUCGUCGGCUACUACAUGGCCAUGUACAUCUCGCGCUGGCUCGGCUCACCCUGGCACGUUGUGAACUCAUAUCUCGGCGCCUGCGCCACCGUCUGGCUUGCGCUUGCGGACCAGGCGACGCUCGAUGCCGAGAAUGCUCAACACGUGAAAUGGGGGUCUUCGUGUGACCGCUUGGGCCGCUCAGCAGCGAAGAAGACCGAAGUCGAGGGCUGGGGUUGGGAAGGGAAAAUAGAGGACGCGGAGGCGCUGAAACAGGAUGACGAUGCUGGGAUUUUGCGAAAGUUGAAGGGGAGGAAAUGGGACGCGGUCGAGUUGACAGAUGGGAAGCGUAAGAAGUUUGAGGACGAGGCUGUGGGCUGCUGGCAGGAACUGGAGAGGCUGAGAGUGCUAUGGGAGAGUGUGCUCGGCCGCGAUCAGAGCAAGGCAGCUGGUAAUAGGAAGGCGUAGAACCGCACCUCGACGCCUCUUUCGUCUGGGCUGGAGGGGCUGUAUAGGGCAUUUAAUGAAACAGUCUGAUGAAACUUGCUUUAGAUAAAUAACUAACAGUAGUAUAUAUGAACACCCGUCAAAAUCGAUAGCUCUAAUAGACGGGGUUACUUGAUCUCAAGCCACGGCACCUUAAUGUCAUAGCUGAAGAAUUGU